AUGCGCUGGGUACCUUUAGAGGCAAAUCCUGAGUAUUUGCGCGAUUUAGGUGUGAAGCACGGGUGCAAGUUUGUAGAUGUCUACGGUCUGGAUGUUGAUUCUCUCAAAUCUGUACCCAAGCCUGUCUUAGCAGUUCUUUUGUUGUAUCCCCUCUCGCAGUCUGCUGAGGACACGUCGCUUGGCGAACCUACUGAGAGCAAUAAUUUAAUUCUAAUUAAACAGGUUGUCAGCAAUGCUUGUGGCACCAUAGCCUUGUUACACUGCAUUGCAAACAAUCAGCACCGUAUUGAAUUUGACGGUUAG